AUGCCUCUCGACUUCUUCGGCCACGUGCUCGAAACCGGCCUCCCGAUAUGGGUCACGGACAACUGGUGGUUCAUCACGAAGGCCAUUGUGACGGUCGCGGUCCUUGUGGUCAUCAAGCUAUGGAGCUCUGGCUCGUCCAACCCGGCUGAGCGGGACAUGCACGGGAGGGUCGUCAUGAUAACGGGCGGGACGUCGGGUAUAGGGGCGGCGACGGUGUUAGAGCUGGGCAGCCGCGGCGCGCAAAUCAUUUUGCUAACGCACACGCCCGUGUCGGACCCCUUCCUCGUCGAGUACAUCGGCGACGUGCGCGCGCGGACGAACAACGAGCUCAUCUACGCCGAGCAGGUAGACCUCGCGUCCCUUCACAGCAUCCGCAAGUUCGCGACUAAGUGGAUCGACAACUCCCCGCCGCGCCGACUCGACAUGAUCAUCCUCUGCGCCGCGACCGUUACGCCCGCUGCGGGAAAGAGGACGCAGACAGAGGAAGGCAUCGAGGAGAUGUGGAUGGUCAACUAUCUCUCCAACUUCCACCUCCUCUCUAUCCUCAGCCCUGCCAUCAAGGCCCAGCCCUGGGACCGCGAUGUGCGGAUCGUCUUCGCAACCUGCUCCUCUUACAUCGGCGCGGGGUCUCUUAAGGAGCCCCUAAGCAAGGAAAGCUGGUCCCCGGGCAAGGCGUACAAGCGUAGCAAGCUCGCGCUCAUGGUCUUCGGUCAGGCCUUCCAGAAGCACCUCGACGCCUACAAGCGGCCCGACGACCUGCCUAUGAACUCGCGCGUCUUCUUCGUCGACCCGGGCUUCGCCCGCACGCCGGGUAUGCGACGCUGGCUCUCGCGCGGCACGCUGUGGGGCCUCUUCACAUACCUCGCCGCAUACCCGCUGCCGUGGCUGUUCCUCAAGAGCCCUGAGCAGGGCGCGCAGUCGAUCCUCUACGCCGCCAUGGAGUCGAGCCUCGUGCGUGUCGGUGGCGGGAAGCUGAUCAAGGAGUGUCAGGUGGUCGACUUCGCGCGCAAGGACGUUGAGGACGAAGCGGUGGCCAAAAAGCUGUGGGAGGAGAGUGAUAAGCUCAUCGAGACGACGGAAAAGGAGCAGGCUGCCAUGAGGGCGUUGCAGAAGAAGGCGGAGGAGGAAAAGAGCAAGCAAGAGAAGGAGGCGGAGAAGGUCAAGGAGGUCGAGGCUCUAGUCGAGGCCAUCAAAAAGGGCAAGGAGUCGCAAAAGUCAAAAGGCAGCAAGAAGAAGGCAAAGAAGGACACGUGA